CGUAUCGGCUGGUUUCUCGCACACGGUUUUUGCCAGUUGGACUAAAGAAAAAAGAAUAGAAUGGCAACUUGCAAGAUCCUAUUUUUUAUCCUUCUGCACUGUGUAUCUUGUGGGAAAUGUGAUUUGUUUUAUAAGCAAGUCGGUGAUGAGGUUUCCAUGAAUUGUGGAUUAAAUACAAACAGUGAUAUAGAAUGGAAAUUUAACGACAUUCUCAUCUUUAACAUCAAAAGCAAAAGUGGAACUAAACUGAAGGGUUCUUUCCAUAUUGCAUCAAAAGCAAGUACAAACGGAGAAAAUUUGAAGGUUCCCAGACUGGAGACAAGAGACUCUGGAAACUAUUUCUGCUGGCAGUCAGGGUCAGUGAAACAACACACUGUUUAUGUUGUGUCAGUCUUUGCUAAACCAGGCUCAGUGCUGGUGCAGUCUAGUGAUGCAGAGCUGCACUGUGACAUUACAGGAAACCCAAAUAAGGAAGUACAGUGGCUGAGACCCCCUAAUGGUCAAAUAUAUCAUGAAAAAAAUCAAGCAAUUCACCUGAAGUCUGUGACUUCAAAAGAUGCAGGCCAGUGGACGUGUCAAGUCAAGGAUGACUUGAAGCUCAGUGUAACAUUGAUUGUUGUUGCAGGUCUCCAGACCACAGCUGUUAAUGUUUCUGAAGGGGACGACACAGAGCUGCCCUGUUCUCUUCCUCAGAGUGUAUCUCAGCGUCUUGUGGGUGGGAAAUGGAAGGCUGACCACCUUCCCAAAGUCUCUUUCCCAACCCUGAAGAACACAGAAAACAAAGGCUUACACUGGAAUGGGAAGGAUUCAGAAAAAGUCAACUUUACUACUAAGCAACUCAGCACCAACUUUGAUGUCACGUUGAAAAAUGUGCAGCAUAGCGAUGCAGGGAGGUUUGUGUGUACAGUGGAGUUUGAGGGUGGAGCGAGUCUAAGUGUCGAGACGACUUUGAGGGUUGUGGCCAAACCUUCAGGUGGACAGGUGUUCACUAAAGGGAAAGGGAAAACACCUGCAUUUAAGGAAAUCUUGACCAAGGAUGUGUAUGGGCUAAAGCUGUGGAUCUGGAUUGCUGUAGGAGCCAGUUCUGUGGUUCUUAUCGGACUUAUCAUCGUGACUGUUCUUGUCCGACAAAGGAACAAACGGAUGAAGAAGAGGGUGAGGAAGCUGAGAUCCAUGCGGGAGCCACUUACAGCCAAAGACUACUGCCAAUGCAACAGAGCUGAGAAUGAAGUGGAGUUGGGACAGGGAGUGAGGCCACUUCCAGUGCCCAGACAAGAGCGCUACCCACAUACACGUACAGCAGGCCCAAACCACACCAACUGAGAGAAGCAGAGCGCAAGACCCCUAAAAAACACACCACGCUAGGCCUGUGCUUUUAAAUGUGCUUCUUGCUUAAUGAUGCCAAAUAAGACAUGCACUUUUCAAAAUUUGCUGUGGAACCAGGCUAUAAAUAUGUGGU